UGUGUUGAAUGUGUUUGGGAUUCAUAUCAUUCUGAUUUUGUCGUAUUUUGAUGAUUUAGUCGAUUUGUAAACAGUAAACGAUGGUUUUACUACAUCGGUUACUAUUUAAUAUAUUAUUAUCCGUCAUAAAACCGCCUAAAUAUGCUUGUGCUUUUGACUGUUAACACGUUUUAAUGUUGAAUCUAAAGUCUUAUAAAAAUGUAUGCAGUAAAAAGGGAAACCGAAGAAUUACUAUGCCACGGAUGCCUCAGUGCAAACCGGAGGCUAUCGCCCUUGACGAAUUACGAAAUGUACUUCUGUGUCUUAGGAAGUAAAGAAACGCUGGAGGAAUACAAAUACCUGAAUAUUGUUCUAUGCUGGGAGUGCCAGGCGCUGCUGCGGCGCGCGCAGGCGUUCCGGAACACCCUGCAGCGCGCGCAGUACUUGCUGACAGUGGCUGACACUGAGCAGGUUUCACCAGAAUCUUUAUCCGCACUAACACACAAACAUAUACAGGAAUAUGACUACAGCAUAGAAGAAUCCAUAUCCAUAGAGCCCAAAAACGAAGAGGAAUUAUUCAUAGACAACACAGAAACACUUAUAAAAGAAGAAAUAGAAGAUAAUUUGGAGACUGACAAUUUUGACACUUACAGUGAUAAAGAUAAUAUCAAGGAAGAAAACGAGAUAAAAACUAUUAAAAAGAAAAAAAUAUAUAAGAAAGAUACGGAGAAAAGAGAAUUUAAGAAAAUAGAUAACGGGUUGGACUUAAGUAAUCCUGAGAAGUAUUUUAGUGAGAUAAGUCUGAGCGAGAAGGAGGUAGAAGAGAUAUUAGAGCGAGAAAGAGAGGAGGAUGUCAGUCGGCCGCACAAGUGCGAAACCUGUGGCUUUUGGUUUUGGAGCAAAACUGAUGUCUAUGACCAUAAGAAGACUGUGCAUAGACAGCGAACGAAACCAGGAAAGUGCCCCCAAUGCGCCUUCGGCUACAAGACCCAGUGGGACUUAGAGCUGCACAGCUGGCGAUCUCACCCAGUCAACCGGUGUUCGCUGUGCGGACGCGUAGUGGCGAACCGCGAAAAGGCGAAGCAUUUGGCUAUGCAUAAGUUUACAUAUCGGUGCUUGAAAUGCGGAGCUGAUUUUGAAAACAAGCAAUGUUACCAUCACCACGAGAAGCAAUUGCAUUCGAAGUACAUCUGCGCGCAUUGCGACCGCACCGUUAAUACUAAGAAGGCUUUGGAAAGGCAUGUUAUCGUCCCAUGUCCCGAGUGCGGCAAGGUGUUCUCCCGGAAGAACUACAUGAACAACCACAGGAAGCUGUUCCACUCCAACCAGUCGCGCCAUCACUGUCCGCUCUGCGACAAGUACUUCGUGAACGGCUGGGGGCUCCGCACUCACCACAAAUUCGUCCACGAGAAGAUCCCGCUGCCCAAGACGAAGAUCUGCAGCGUGUGCGGCCGCGGCUUCGGAACGAACCGCGUGCUAGAGAACCACAUGCGUACGCACACGGGCGAGCGGCCGUUCUCGUGCGCGCACUGCCCCGCCGCGUUCGCGCAGCGCGUCGCGCUCAAGGCGCACCUCGCCGCCAUACAUAAGGAGAAGUGACCGAGUAUUCUAUAAGGCCCCUCAUUAGCACGUGAAUCAUGGCGCGAAGCGUUUUUGGUACCUA